AUGGCAGCAUCGACAAGUGGAGAUACAGCUGCGAUAGCUAAAGAAAUCAAAGUACAAUUAAAACAAGCUCGAGAGCUUAUUAAUCAAAAGGAUCAUGUUGGAGCUUUGAAAUUAUGUGAAGCAAUUAUUAAGAAAGAUAAAACAUGUUAUACAGGUUGGAUUAUGAUUGCUGCUUGUGCACAAGAAUUAAAACAAUUUCAUCAAGCACAUUCUGCUUUGAAUAAAGCAUUUGAACUUGAUGAAAAUCAAUCUGUUGCUUAUCAAGGUAUGAUACAAUUAGGUGAACGUGCACCAGGAUUUCUUAGCGAAAUUGAUAUUACUAGUGCAUAUCGAAAAUUAUGUUCAUUGACUCGUGCAUCUGAUCCAACAAAAUUCUUCGAUCAUGCAAAAAAAUAUAUUGAAUAUUUAAAAAAGCAAAUCGAAUGUCAAUCAACAACUACAAAUGAACAAAAUAAUCCAUAUCGAAUACAAUUAGCUGAGCUUUGUAAAGAUAUUGUUGAAGAAAAACGUCUUCAAUUAAGUCAAGAAGAUGAACAACUUUAUCGAUUAUUGUCUACUGAUAUACUAUCACCGAUAAAAACACUUUCAACAAAUUUAAAUGAAUUUUUAAGUAGUAACUAUUUUUGGCUUUCACAAAGUAGUUCAGAUAAUAUUCAACGUUUAAAUUACUAUGAAAAAUAUAUUAAAUCAAUUUGUCAAAUGGGUCGUUCUAGUUCAGAUAUUAUUGAUUAUUGUAAUGAAUGUUUGACACUAUUUCCAAACUCGACAAUAGCUCAAAAUACAAUAAUUAUUAUUGUUCUUGAAUCAUUAUUACCACAAAUAUAUGAUUCAUUAGCUCCUGUAGCAAAAUUAACUGAUGCAUUAAAUCGUAUUCGUUCAGAUGAGAAUAAUCAAAUAUCAGCACCAUCGAUUUGUGGUAAAGCUUAUUUUUUAAUUCGAAAUGGAAAAUAUUCAAAUGCACUUGAAUCAUUAGUUAAUCUUAAUCAUGAAGAUGGUGAUGGUCAUCAUCUUGUGCUUAUUCUUAAAAUGGUUUGCUAUGCUCAUUUACAUAUUAUUAAAGAGACAACAGACAUGACUAGUAUUGCACGAACAAAAUUGACAAAUUUUAUUGUGAAAGAUGUUUUAUCAUCAGUUGAGUCAUUAAUAGAUCUUUGUUUAGCUAUGAUUACUUAUGAUCUAGGUCAAUAUGAAAAGUCUAUUCAAUUAUUUGAUAAAAUAGUUCGAAAUGUAUCAAAUAAAUUUCAUGAUCGUGGAGUUUAUGGUCAAUUCAAUGCUUAUAUAAAUUUGAAUAAACCAACUGAUGCUCGUACAUGUUACGACAUAAUAAAAGAUCAUUUAAAUCCAAGUCAAGAAUUAUCUUGUCGUCUUCAAUUAGCUCUAAUUGAAGAAUAUCCAAGUGAACUUCUCAAAAUAGUUCAAAGUGCAUUAAAAGAAGCUAAUGAGAAUGAAGAAUUAUUUGAGUUAACUGUUCAAGGAUGGUUAUCAGUUGGUCAAGCUUAUUUAUCUAUACAACAUUCAAAUGAUAUGUUUGAUAAAGAUCAAUGCAAAUAUGCAUUUAAUAAAGCUAUUGAACUUGAUGAAUAUUUUUGGGAAAGUUAUGCAUGUUUAAGUAGAUAUUAUAAUGAAAUAGAAAAAAGUUUAUCUGAAGCAUUAGCUUAUUCAAAACGUGCUUUUGAAUUAAAUGAAAAUAUUGAAAGUGUACAAAUAAAUUAUGUUGAUAAUCUUCUUCAAGCUGAACAAAUUUAUGAUGCAUUAGAAAUCCUUGAACGUAUACUUGUUAUGAAUAAUACAAAAACUUGGGCACAUUUUCGUUAUGGACUUGUUUCUCUUCGAAUAAAUAAUGUACAUAAUGCUGUUAAAGCGUUACAAAUUAUUUCUCGACGUCCACCUGUAGCUGGUGCUACUUGGUCAGCAUUAGGUGAUGCACAUUUACAUACAAACAAUUUAAAAACAGCAUUAAGUUGUUAUAGUAAAGCAGCAUCAUUAGAACGUGAAACACUUUAUUCAUUGACAAGACAAGCAUUUACUAUGACAUUACUUGGUCGUUAUAAUGAAGCUAUUUCAUUAUUUGAUAAAGCUAUUGAUCAAUCACCAAAAUAUAUUUUAGCUAGAAAAGGCAAAGGUGAAGCUCAUUUUUAUCUUGCAAUUCAACAAACAGGACUUUAUAAAGAUGAAUUAGCAGUUUUUCAUGUUCAGCAAUCACUUACAGCAUUUCAUGAUGCAUUAUGUUUACAAUCUAAUUAUGCAUGUUUAUGGAAAAAAUAUGGUGAUGCAUGUAUGCUGCUUCAUCCAAUUAAUGAUGAUUUAAUUCAUAUACGAUUACCAUCAUUAACAAAAAAAUUUGAUGAAAAUAAAAUAAAAGAUGUUGAUGGUUGUAUUGUUUUGAAAAAAACUGAUCUUCUUCAACGUGCACAAAAAUGUUUUAUGCAAGCAAUUCAUCUUAAAUCACGUUCAGCAGUAUAUUGGUCAUGUCUUGCUCAAUGCGUUUAUAUUCAAGCUCGUUAUAAUUCAGAUGAUCAACGGUUGCUCAUGCUAGCAUUGGAAUAUAUAAAAGUAGCAAUUUCAUUAAAACCUAAUGAUCAUUUAUUAUGGAAUACACUUGGAGUUGUUGCAGCACAUCCAGCCUUCAAUGAAUCUGGCUUUGCUCAACAUUGUUUUUUUAAGUCACUACAAUUACAACGAACAGCUACAGUAUAUACAAAUUUGGGUUUUCUCUAUUAUCGUCAUGAUAAUAUACAAUUAGCAAAUAAUGCAUUUUCCAAAGCUCAGCAGACUGAUCCAAUGUAUUCAUUAGCUUGGAUUGGACAAGCACUUAUAGCUGAAAAGAUUGAUUAUAAUGAAUCUAUUGACCUCUAUCGUCAUUGUGUUGAUCUUUCCAAUCACUCUCAAGGUUUAUAUGGUUAUGGAAAAGCAAUUGCACAUCUUCUUAUUAAACCAACUAAUAAAUCAAGUGAUACUUAUCGAUAUUCAAUCAAUUAUUUAAAUGGUAAUCAACGAGCAGCCGAUGCGUUAACUAAAUAUAUUCAACGAAAUCCAAGAGAUGUAAAUGCUUUACAAUGUCUGGGCAUUAUUCAUGAAUUUAAUCAGCGUUUUAUUCAAGCUGCUAACGUUUAUCAACUGUAA